CUGCGUGAUAAGUGGGAUAUUGGACGAUCUCAAAAUGGCUCAAAAACCACCAUACAAAGUUGCUGACAUCAGCCUGGCAGAUUGGGGAAGGAAGGCAAUCGAGAUAGCCGAGAAUGAGAUGCCUGGAUUAAUGAGUAUGCGCAAGAAGUACGGCCCCACCAAACCUCUCAAGGGCGCUCGUAUUGCUGGGUGUCUUCACAUGACUGUACAGACGGCUGUUCUGAUUGAGACGCUGACAGAGCUAGGAGCAGAGGUGCAGUGGUCAAGCUGUAACAUUUUCUCCACACAAGAUCAUGCAGCAGCAGCCAUUGCCAAGACUGGUGUACCAGUGUAUGCCUGGAAGGGGGAAACCGAUGAAGAAUAUAUCUGGUGUAUUGAACAGACUUUAAUGUUUAAGGAUAAGCCUCUGAACAUGAUCCUGGACGACGGUGGAGACUUGACAAACUAUGUCCAUGAUAAAUAUCCUCAGCUGUUAGAUGGAGUAAAAGGGAUUUCCGAAGAAACUACGACAGGCGUCCACAAUUUGUACAAAAUGUUGAAGGAUGGCUCAUUGAAGGUUCCGUGUAUCAAUGUCAAUGACUCUGUAACAAAGAGCAAAUUUGAUAACCUAUAUGGUUGUCGUGAAUCCCUGGUGGAUGGAAUCAAACGUGCAACAGAUGUGAUGUUAGCGGGUAAAGUGGCGUGCGUGGCAGGUUAUGGAGACGUGGGGAAAGGCUGCACCCAGGCUCUGAGAGCAUUCGGGGCGCGUGUUCUCGUCACAGAAAUAGAUCCUAUCAACGCUCUGCAGGCUGCCAUGGAAGGUUAUGAAGUGACUACCAUGGAUGAAGCCGUGCAAAAGGCUCGGAUCUUCGUCACGACGACUGGCUGCAAAUCCAUCAUUGAAGGGCACCAUUUUGAGGUGAUGUUGGAUGACAGUAUUGUCUGUAACAUCGGACACUUUGACUGUGAACUGGACGUGGCCUAUCUCAACAAGAACGCUGUCAAAAAAGAGAGCAUACAACCACAGGUUGAUAGGUACACACUGAAGAGCGGUCGUCACAUCAUUUUACUGGCUGAAGGUCGUCUGGUUAACCUUGGCUGUGCUCAUGGUCACCCAAGCUUUGUCAUGAGCAACUCUUUCACCAAUCAAGUGCUUGCCCAAAUCGAGCUCUGGACCAAGAAGUAUGAGCUCGGCGUUCACUUUCUCCCCAAAAAGCUUGAUGAAGAAGUGGCUGCAGCACACCUGGAACACCUGGGAGUGAAGCUGACAAAGUUAUCUGAGGAUCAAGCCAAGUACCUGGGCAUCCCGCGUGAGGGUCCGUUCAAACCAGAACAUUACAGAUACUAAACUAUAACU